AUGGCGGGAGGAACAUGUGUGGUCGUAUCAUGGGUGCUUCACAUCGCUCUUUUGUUGCGUGGCGCCGCACUGUGCAUGCCCACAGAAAUAUUACCGGAUUUUGAUGUCGAUGGUGGACGAGACCUCGACAUUUUUGAAAUCAAUGAAGAAGCAGGAUUAAAUCUGGUAGAAGGCGACAUUGUGCUUGGCGAGAAACAAAGUCGGAACUCCAUAAUAGGUGAACAGUACAGGUGGCCCACGACUAUCCCGUACCACAUGGGGGAUGACCUUGAAAUCAAUGCAAAAGGUGUGAUCCUGAAGGCUUUUGAGCAAUACCGCCUGAAGACCUGCAUCGACUUCAAACCGUGGAGCGGAGAACCAAAUUACAUCAGCAUCUUCAAAGGAAGCGGGUGCUUCUCCUCGGUGGGCAACCGGCGCGUCGGGAAGCAGCGGCUGUCUAUCGGGAACAACUGCGACCGCAUCGCCACCAUCGAACAUGAGUUCUUGCACGCGUUGGGCUUCUGGCACGAGCAGUCCAGAGCGGACCGGGACGACUACGUGGAAAUUAUGUGGGACCGCAUCACAGAGGGUCGAGAGAACAACUUCAACAUUUACAACGACACCACCUCCAGCUCACUGGGCAUCCCCUACGACUACGGUUCCAUGAUGCACUACAGCAAGACGGCUUUUCGAAACGGCUCGGAGCCCACCAUCGUCACCAAAAUCCCCGCCUUCGCCGACGUCAUCGGCCAGAGGAUGGAGUUCAGCGACAACGACCUGCUCAAGCUCUCCCGCCUCUACAACUGCACUCGGGGCUCCACCUUUCUGGAUUCCUGCGACUUUGAACGGGAAAACAUCUGCGGGAUGAUUCAGGGAGCCGGCGACCAGCAGGACUGGCACAGGUUAUCCAAGGCGGCAGGCGGCCCUGACACGGAUUACUCCAACAUGGGCAAAUGCAGCGGUUCUGGCUAUUUCAUGCACUUCAACACGAGCGAGGGCAACACCGGCGACACGGCCCUUCUCGAGAGCCGAAUCCUGUACCCCAAGCGAGGUUUUCAAUGUCUGCAGUUCUUCUUCUAUAACAGCGGUGGCCCCAAUGAUUCGCUCAAGAUCUUGGCGCGGGAGUACGACACAGCUAACCCUGCUGGGAAACUGCGUUUGAUCACCACUAUUGAUGGACCCCCUCAGGACCUGUGGCAGCUUCACCACGUCAGCCUGAACGUCACAAAGAAGUUCCGCGUGGUCUUCCAGGGAACCAAAGAAGGUGGGGGACCACCUUCAGGCGGAUUGUCUCUGGACGACAUCAACAUCUCGGAGACGGUGUGUCCCGAGUUUGCGUGGCGUGUGAAGAACUUCAGGCACGUGUUGGAGAACACCCCAGCAGGCGAGGCCUUCUAUAGCCCACCCUUCACCUCCAAGGAGGGCUACAGCUUCCAAAUGAAACUUUACCCCAACGGGACGAGCACCUCCUCGGCGCAAAUGGCGGCCUACGUGAACCUGGUGGCCCGCGAGGGCGACAGAGUGCAAACGUGGCCUUGCCCCUGGAAGCAAAUGACCAUGAUGCUCAUGGACCAGCACCCUCACAUCCAGAAGCGCAUGUCCAACCAGCGCAGUGUCACCACUGAUCCCAACAAGAUGUCUUCAGGCUCAAACAAGCUCUUCUGGGACGACCCUCGAAAGGUGGGCGUGGCGGUGACCGACGCGGACGGCUCAACGUACUUCAGAGGGCCGGGCAGCGGUACCAAGGUGUACCUGACCCACCUGAGAGCCAAGAGCAGGGAUUUCAUCAAGGGAGGGGACGCCAUCUUUCUCCUCAGCAUGGAGGACGUGUCUCAUCUGACUACAAGCCAACCGUUGCCCAGCACCACGAGCGAGCCACAAGCCACCGCUUCAUCCCCCCCUGGAGUCUGCGCACAGUGCCAGAAUGGCGGCGUGUGCGUGCAGGAAAACGGGAAGCCUGUUUGCAAGUGUGCCGUGGGGCCCGACUGGUGGUUCUACGGCGACAGCUGCCAGCAUAAAGGCUCGACGGCGGACAACAGCAUCCUCGCAUUGGCCUCCUCGCUGUCCGUGCUGGGCGUCAUGCUGGUGGUGACGGUGACCACCGCCGUUUGCCUGAAGAAGAAGUACAAAAAGCAGCGUUAUGAAAACAACCUCGUCAUGGGGAACAGGGGCAUAAUAGCAUGA